AUGGAAUUUAAUACGAAACAUCGAAAAUUAUCAAAAAGCAAAAAUUCUGUUCGUACUCCUGUAUCCUCUAAGCCUAGAUUAACAAAAAGGAGAAUAGUUACACGUAAAAGGAAAUGUGCAUGUCUCCCUGAAAAUUAUUCGGUAGUAGAAUUCCCUGCAAUAUGGAAUGAAUUGAGGCAGAACGGUCAAUUAUGUGAUGGGACUAUUAUCUGCAAAGAUAAAAAAGCCAUUCAAGUUCAUAGAGCAAUACUUUCUGCAGUGAGUCCCUAUUUCAAAGCUAUAUUUAUAAAUUCAUUGAAGAAAGGUCAACCUGAAGAGACUGAAAUAGCAGUAGAUGUUCCGUCAUAUUAUAUGAGUUUAAUCCUUGAUUACGCUUACACAGGAUCAUGCACUGUGACUGCAGAAAAUGUGGAAAAUUUACUUCCUUAUGCAGAUCAAUUUGAUGUUGUCGGUGUUAUACAAUUGUGUUGUCAAUUUCUUUUGCAAGAAUUGAGGCCUCACAAUUGUCUUGGGAUAUUUAAAUUUGCCAGGUGCUAUUUUUGUAGUGAACUUGAGAAGAAGGGCAAAUUAUACAUCCGACAACACUUUGCUAGAAUUUUAAAAGAGUGCAAUGAAUUUAAAUUAUUAUCAUUUGAAGAGUUGGAAGAUAUUUUGAGGGAUGAUGAAUUAAAUGUUCGUAAUGAGGAACUUGUAUUUCAAGCUGUCAAAUCGUGGGUAGAGCAUGAUCUUGAUAAUCGAAGGAAAUAUAUUUCUUCACUAUUAUCAUGUAUCAGAUACGGUCAUAUAAGUUACAAAUACUUUAAAUCAAAAAUUUUACAAUGGCAGCCGGUGAUUGAAGAUGAGAAAUGCCAAGAAGCUCUGUACCCGGCGGUAGUGUUUUUAACACUUUUGGAUUCAAGACCUGACGCUGAAGCAGACUUGAACGAUCCUCUGGCGAGACCGCGAAUUCCUUACGAAAUACUAUUUGCUGUUGGCGGAUGGAGUGCUGGCAGUCCGACGAGUUUUGUCGAAACUUAUGAUACGCGAGCUGACAGAUGGUUUCUAUCAAUACACAUGGACCUGUCCCCUAGAGCAUAUCAUGGAUUGUGCACUCUGAACAAUUUCAUAUAUAUGAUCGGCGGUUUCGAUGGCAGUGAUCAUUUCAACACUGUCCGUUGCUAUGACCCUGUGGCCAAUACGUGGAUCGAACGAGCCUGCAUGUACCAGGCCAGAUGUUACGUCAGCGUAGUCGUUCAUGACGGUUUGAUUUACGCUCUUGGUGGAUAUAACGGAAGAACACGCAUGUCCUCGGUGGAGCGAUACUAUCCGGAUAAAAAUCAAUGGGAGAUGACCACCCCUAUGAAUAAACAACGAUCUGAUGCUAGCGCGGCGUCACUAGGCGGGAAGAUAUACAUCGUGGGCGGUUUUAACGGCCAGGAGGUACUAAGUUCAGCGGAAGUGUUCGAUCCGGAAACAAAACAGUGGAGCUUCAUUCGUUCUAUGCUGAGCCCGCGCUCUGGAGUCAGUUUGAUCGCGUACAGAGACGCGUUGUAUGCUCUAGGAGGUUUCAACGGUUACAGCCGGCUGAAUACUGGGGAACGUUUCUGUCCAUACCGCGGCGGAGAUUGGCAGGAAGUGACUGAAAUGUUUAGUGCAAGGAGUAACUUUGCUACCGUCCUUCUCGACGACAUGAUAUUCGUUAUCGGAGGUUUUAAUGGUUCGACCACAAUACCGCAUGUGGAGUGUUAUGAUGGUGACACCUCGGAGUGGUACGACGCGGCCCCCAUGAACCUCACUAGAUCGGCCCUUAGCGCGUGUGUGUUGGCAGGCCUGCCAAACGCCAGGUCAUUUUCAUACUUGGCCAAAGCCGUCCCAGCCGCCGGAGCUGACCAGGCACAUCACUCCUGA